AGAAACGCGCGCUGCGCGUGUAUGGCUGCCGGCAUUGUCUAAAUCGGUGCCAUGCCGAAGUCGAACUCUUCAUUUCAGACUUGGUUAUGGAGUCGGGUGCUGGUGGAGCAGGAGUAGCUGAAACUGGGGCCAAGGGGCGGAACGUCAGGGACGAAGUCAAGAAGUUCGACUUCAAUGCACUAAGAUCGCAUGUGAAGGCAAAGCACGGAAUCGAGUGGAUUCGGGACGAGGACUGUUUCUUCCUCCCUGGAUCAUCGUAGACGUCAUAUGUUUCGCUCAGGCAGCUUUUUGGUCAAUGACAGAGUGGGCUUCUAGUCGCAGUUAAUGAUGCCGGGUAAGACGGAGGUUGAAAGGGCUGGAAUGACGUCCUCGUCGUCCCUAAUCAAAAUCCGCAAGACUUUUUCUCUCAAUGCGAUAGUCGUGCGCCUGCUUGAGGAGCACCACUGUUAUCGGACGUUGCGCGAUCACGAGCGCUGGUACACAUAGGGCAGUACUCGAGAAAUGAAUCCCAAGACCGCGACGACAAGCAGCGUGACUUGGAUUUUUAUCGAGAUCUGCCAUACGGAUGAUGCCUACUCGAUCAAUGCCUUCAACACCAUCAGAGCUGGAGUGACAAGAUCAUACACCAGCGACGCAAUACCACGCUGGAAGGUUAGGCUUGGCACCUCUUGGCACUCUGACCAUACGCUACCUUGUACGUGACCCACAGCUAGACCAUGGCGACGCGGUGUCACCAGGCCUCGUAGCCCUCCAGACUUUGCGUUGGCAGACAGAGGAUAUAAGUUUGCUGGCGCCCUCGCCACGAUGGCUGAUGACUAGCUCUCUCCAGUCUCUCUCGGUCAUGUCUCUCCGGCGCUUGGUUUUGGCUGCUGUCGCUGCUAGCGGCUCCCUAUCCGCUGUGUCUGCGGGUCGUGUCCAGAAGCCCGACUUGGUCCUCCCAUCUGACGCGCCUACCCACCAGCAGGAGGUCGUGGACAUCUUCUCGAAGUCGUACGAGGCCUACAAGCAGUAUGCUUUCGGCCACGACGACCUCACCCCCCUCAACAACUCGUUCUACGACGGUCGCAAUGGCUGGGGUGCUUCCAUGGCUGAUGCUUUGGAUACCAUGUUCCUUAUGGGACGUAAUGAUUGGUUCGAGGAAGCCGUCGCGCAUUUUGCGAAUAUCGACUUCUCGCGUUCUGUGACGAAUGACACCACUAGUGUCUUCGAGACCACCAUUCGUUACGUCGGUGGGUUCUUGAGCGCUUACGAGCUUAGCGGCAAGACCCAGCACGUUCUCGUUGAGAAGGCUCAACAAAUCGCGGACCAGCUGGUCUACGCCUACGUUGGUGACAACGCCAUCCCUUUCGGCCACCUUAACUUCACGGACCACCAGUCGGUCAAGGACACUAGCAAUGUUGCUGAGGCGGGCACUCUCACUCUGGAGUGGAACCGUCUCAGUCAAUAUACGGGCAAUGAUACUUACCGUCAGCUCGCUGAGAAGUCCGUGAAAUACAUGAUGGGCCUUCCCACACCUGUGAACGGCAUUCCUCCCCAGGGCAUAGACCCGGCGACUGGAAAGUCUGUCGGUAGCUACAUCACUUGGGGUGGCGGAACUGACUCAUACAUCGAGUACCUGAUCAAGUACCCUCGUCUUACCAACACCGACGAUCAGUCGUACGCUGAUACUUGGCUUACCGCUGUCGACACCUCGAUCCAGACCCUGUUGAGGAAUUCGACUGUGGGCAACCACCUCUACCUUGCUGAACAGGACAAGGGCAAGCUUUCGCACGUUGGCUCUCAUCUUGCCUGCUUCCAUGGUGGCAACUGGAUUCUUGGCGGAAAGCUCCUGAACAAUGAUACCAUCGUCAACUAUGGUCUCCAGCUCACUGAUGCUUGCCUCAAUACCUACGCCAGCACUGCCACUGGUAUCGGUCCCGAAGUCUUCGCCUUCAUCUCUGACGACGGCGACUACGUCGAAGGCAGCUCCGGUGUGAACUCUACCCAGAAGGCCUUCUACGACCAGCAUGGUUUCUACAUCACCGACCCGACCUACGACCUCCGCCCUGAGGUCCUUGAGUCGAACUUCUACGCGUACCGUGUCACUGGCGACGAGAAGUACCUCAAGGUUGCCGCUGCCGCCAUCGAGUCCAUCAAGAACUACAUCAACACUACCAACGCCUACGCCCCGAUCACCGAUGUUAUGGACACCAACUCGCCCCGCAUUAACGACAUGGAGAGCUUCUGGUUCGCUGAGGUGCUCAAGUACCUGUUCUUGACCUUCGACGCGCCCGAGAAGGUCUCGCUCGAUGACUUCGUCUUCAACACUGAGUGCCACCCCUUCAUUGCCCCUGCGGCUCUUCCCAAGUACGGCUCUGGCAACCUGAUGGCUCCUUCGAACCAACCUGUAACAACCAACGACGGUUCUAUUCCCGUUCCGUCACCUAAGCCUUUCUAAGCCUGUGACUCUUACCU